GUUGUGGGAGUUUUGGAUCAAGGUCACUUCUGCUCUGGGAUGACGCUUUCCUUGCAUACGAGAAGCUGAAUUUAAACAUCCUAAAAUUCUUAUUGAGACUUUGAAUAUGCUUGUCAACGAUCAGUUUUCAUUGUUCACUAGUACGAUAAUAUAUAUUUUCCUUCAUGUAUUUUAAGCUUCAGUAAUUGUUUUAUCUGGUAGAGAACGUUUACGUGUUUUAAAUAAACAGCUCUCACAGGAAGAAUCCUACCUGUUGGUUGAAUCAGUGAAUGGCUAAUUCUGAUGAGUUGGAAAAAGAUGCAGAUUUAUUUAGAAGACUUGCAAUGGAGCAAGAGUCUGAAGGACACUACGGAUCUGCUGCAUUUUAUUACACUGAAGCUGCUCAAGCACUCUUGAAUUCUUUGGAGGCAGGCUCAAAAACUGAAGGCUUAUUAGAAUUAGCUCAGAAGUACAACGACAAAGUGAAAGAGCUCAAAUCACGAACUAAGGUUCAAAACGCUUCAAUACUGAACACUCAUACUUCUAAAAGCAAAGUUGACUUGUCAAGAGCUCGUUGCUUGUUAAAUGAUGCCAUUUCGGAAGAUGAGAAAGGGAACAUCACCGAGGCUAUUGAGCUGUAUACGUUGGCUGUUGAGUUACUGUUAUCCAUAAAACGUGAUGUCAGUGAUAGCUCCGUACUUGAACAGAUUAAAGUAUUUGCCAAAAGGGGGUUAGAUCGUGCAGAAGUAUUAAAAACACAAGUUCACGGGACAAAGCUUUCUCGCUCUGAUUCUCGUUCUUUGUGUGGUGCCUCAAUUUCACAAACAACAGAACUACCUAAAAAAUCACAUGGCUUUCCCAAAUCCAGUUUUUCUUCGUCUUCAGCAAGAGUUCCCAGUAGUUUUACUGUCGAAGAACUGAAAGUAUUGAAAUCCACAUCCGUUAUUAAUGGUCGUGAGUAUUUACCGUUUCUUGAUGCACUUGAUCUGCAAGAACGAUUUUCAUUCGCUACUCCUUUUGUUGAUAAAGAUGGACUGUUAGCAUUGUCAAAUAAACAAAAAUCGUUACUUAGUCGUUGGGUACGUCCUUCUGACUAUAUUGAUAAUCCAAAAAUGAUUUUGGCAAUAUCAUGCUUUUCUAUAUGUCAAACUGUAGUUACUGAUUGUUCAUUUGUUGCAUCGAUAGCUAUUGCUGCUCAGUAUGAACGACGUUUUAAAAAAAAACUUAUCACAAAUGUUAUAUAUCCUCAAGGCAAAGAUGGUGAAGCUGUCUACAAUCCAUGUGGAAAAUACAUGAUUCGUUUAAAUUUUAAUGGAGUUCCACGAAAGGUAAUUGUAGAUGAUUUUUUGCCUAUGGGAAAAGAUGGAAAGUUGUUGUGCUGUUAUUCAAACAAUCAAAAUGAAUUAUGGGUAUCUUUGCUAGAAAAAGCUUAUAUGAAAGUAAUGGGUGGUUACGAUUUUCCAGGAUCGAAUUCAAAUAUUGAUCUGCAUGCAUUGACUGGUUGGAUUCCUGAACGUAUCUCCAUUCGUUCUAGUACUUCAAUUUUUAACAAAGAUAAAGAAUUUCGUCGUCUUCUAAGUCGAUUUCAUAAAGGACAUUGUUUAGUUACAGUUGCAACUGGACAAUUAUCCGAUGACGAGAGUGAACGAUCCGGUCUAGUUCCAACACAUGCUUAUGCAAUGUUAGAUAUACGUGAAGUUGAGGGUUAUCGUUUAUUCUUAUUGAAAAAUCCUUGGAGUCAUAUGCGUUGGAAAGGUAAUUUCUCUGAACGUGAUUCACAACAUUGGACUGCUCAUAUGCAAGCCAAGCUGAAUUUCGAUCGAUCCUCGGCUCAGCUAAUUGAUAAUGGUGUAUUUUGGAUAGAUUAUGAUUCAUUGUGUCAUUUCUUUGAUGUAUUUUAUAUUAAUUGGGAUCCGGAAUUAUUUCCAUACACAACAUGUGUGAAUGAUUGUUGGCUUGCUGGAUCUGGACCUAAAAAAGACUCUUACGCUAGUGCCGAAAAUCCACAGUAUAAUUUGGAAGUCACUGCCCAAGCUGAAUCACCUAUAUGGAUACUUUUAACACGACAUAUUGUAGAUAAAGCAGAUUUUGCUGAUAAUAAAGAAUUCAUUGCAGUGGUUGUUUAUAAAAAUGUCAAAUCUCGUAAAGUCUAUUAUCCUUAUGAUCCGGAACCAUAUUGUGAUUCAGUGCGGAUUAACAGUCCACAUUGUUUAGUGAAAAUGCUUCAAGAUGCUGGAACGUGUAAUUACAUUCUUUUAAUUUCACAAUAUGAAAAAUCAAUAACAAUUUAUUAUACAAUACGUGUUUAUUCAACAGCACCAUUUACUUUAUCAAAAAUUAAAGAUCCUUAUACUAUAUCGAAACAAAUUACUGGUGAAUGGAAAGGAGCAAAUGCCGGUGGUUGUAUCAAUGAUAAAGAGAGCUAUAGUACUAAUCCACGAUUUCAAAUUAAUAUACCAAAUAAUGAUUAUGAUAAUCAAUUGUUAAUUGAAUUACGUGGACCGAGAGAUUAUGCACUGGGUUUAGAAUUAAUUCGUAUAUCUGCUACAAAUGAUCAAGCACCCAAUCAGCAACAACGAUCAACUACUGGAGAUUACAGAAGAGGAUAUGUUGUCUUAGAACAAGCUGGUCUCUCUGGUGGUGUAUACAAUGUCAUUGUUUCCACUUAUCGACCUGGCCAAGAAGGACCAUUUAUUCUCUCGGUUAAAUCUGUACGUGAUUUCACAAUAACUUCCAUACAAUAAAAAGGAUGCUAUCUAUCAUAUCACUUUCUUUUUGCUUAUUUCCAAAAAUGCAGAGUUUAUAUUUAUAAUGUGAAUUUCAGAAAAAAUAUUUGUGUUUUUUUUUUUUAAUUUAACGAAAAGCUGUAACCAUGUAUAUUAAUUAAAUUUAUAAAAAAAAUAUUAAAUUUCCAGCUUUUGUAUUUGUCAAAUUGGAUUAGUUCAAAUUCUUUGCUUAUAUUAACGUGGAAUCUUGU